AUGGUCAAAGCUGAACCUGAAAAGCAGAUUUCUUUGAAGCUUAUGGUAAUAAAAAAAAGGAACAAGGUAGUCUUUGCAGAGGCAGGAAAGGACUUCGUGGAUGUUCUGUUUAGCUUGUUCACAUUGCCUUUGGGAACAAUUGUAAGACUUGUGCGUGAGGAGUCAAAUAUGCAACCAAUUGAACUUGGAUCACUUACUUCACUCUAUCAGAGUGUGGAAAAUCUAGACAAAGAGUUUCUUAGCACAGAUUCGUCCAAACAAAUGAUACUGCGACCAAAGAACUUAAUGGAACAUUAUUGCAAGAGUCUGAGGCUGAAAAUCGAUGACACGGAGCCCACAGAGUACUUCGUUUGUAACAACUUGCUCAAAUGUCGAUCCAAAAGCCCGAUCUUAAUAAGCAUGUUCAAGAAUAGAAGAUGCAGAUGUGGGAACAUGUUGGACAGACGCAUUUCUCUUGGAAGCUCUUAUCUAUUUGACGGUUUUGUUAACGACAGUGCUGCUACUUUUAUGAUCACAGACGAUCUGAGAGUUGUGCCAAACUCACUGAAUAUAUUUUUUGAUCUGUUCAAAAAUUGUGGAAUAGAAAGCAUGUCUGCAGUGAAUGAAAUGACAGUUACCAUAACCAAAAAUCAGGUAAUGGAUUUGCUGAAAAGUUGUUUGAUCUCAACCAUAACUCUGACAAGUAUAUUCUUAGAAAAACCAUAUAUUGAGAAAUAUAGAAAGGUUGAAUUUCCUCCUUUGGAUGUGAAUGAAAAUGAUAGUUUCAAAAUCAACGUGAAGAUAGUGCAGAGAAAAUCAAACGGGAAGGUUGUGUUUGCUGAAGGAAAAGAAGAUUUUGCAGACUUUCUUCUUAGUUUCCUCACAGUUCCUUUGGGAGGAGUGGUACAUUUGAUGGAGGGCUUUUCUUGCAUGUACAAGAGCAUUCUUAAUUUAGAUCAAAAUUAUUGGACAACAAAUAAUGUAAAGAAGGUUGUUGAACCAGGUCUUGUCUCACAGCUUCUAGCAAGCAACAAGCUGUCCCCAGUUUUGGGCUCCAAAUAUUUUUGUUACACUGAGACCAAAUAUUCCAGCACACGUAAUCGAUAUUUAUCGACCUAUUAUCUAACAUUGGGGAAUGAAAAUAAAUGUACAGCUGCAGAUUUUGUUGAUCCCACAUUAGAGACAUUGGGGGUUGGAAAUAAAUGUACAGCUGUAGAUUUUGUUGAUAGUAAAGGAUAUGUGAAAGGGCCAACAUUGUACAUGGCAACAGAUGAUUUGGUUGUGACGCCAAUGUCCACAACUUCUGUUAUUUCCUUACUAACAACUUUGAGAAUUCCUUUCACUGACUUGGAAGAGAAACUGGUUAGCAUUGGCAUCAAAGAGGGUUUUGGAAUACUACAAGCAUCAUUGACAUCAAAAUCAGCACUAACAACUGGUCUCAGCCACCUGAUAAACAAGGUUAAGCAGGAGAACUAA